AUGGUGAACCGACCUGAUAGACGUACAGACAACACACAACUAAGAGCAUUCUCUGCUUCUCAGAACAUACUGAACAGAGCAGAUGGUUCUUCUAAAUUUGAAUUUGGAUCAACAUCUGUGAUCUGCUCGGUUUCAGGACCUAUGGAAGUUCAAAUACGUGAUGAGAAACUAGAUGAAGCUACAAUCGAAGUCAUUGUUCGACCUGCUAAAGGUGUACCUGGCACUAAAGAAAAGCUUAUGGAGACCAUUUUACGCACAACAUUUGAACCUGUCAUUUUAGGUGGUAUGAUGCCACGUACACUUGUCCAGAUUGUGAUUCAGAUAACCAAAGAUGAUGGGUCUGUAUUAGCAGCUUCUGUCAAUGCUAUCACUUUAGCCUUAUUGGAUGCUGGUAUUCCUAUGAAACAUAUGGCAGCUGCUAUUACAGUCAUGGUAGAUAAGACAUCAAACGAACUUGUAUUAGAUCCAAUUGCUAUUGAAUUAGAGGUAACAUAA